AUGAUAGAAAGUAUUCAAUCGCCAUUAUUAGGCAUCUUAUGCUACAUCUACACAAGCGGAACGACAGGAUUACCAAAAGCAGCUGUAAUGAAACACUUUAGAUACUAUUCCAUGGUUAUGGGAGCAGCAAAAUCGUUUGGAAUCUAUUCGUCAGACAGAAUAUACGUGUCUAUGCCAAUAUAUCAUACAGCUGCCGGAAUUCUUGGUGUUGGACAAGCUUUAUGUCGAGGUUCUUGUUGCGUGAUCAGGAAGAAGUUUUCGGCUAGCAAUUUUUGGAAGGAUUGCGUAAAGUACCAAUGCACAGCAUCUCAAUACAUCGGAGAAAUCUGUCGUUACCUUCUUGCCCAACCAGUUGUCCCCGAAGAGGCUAUGCACAAUAUGAGAUUACUGUAUGGAAAUGGGCUCCGAGCAGAAAUCUGGCAACCUUUUGUGAACAGAUUCCGUGUGAAGAUUGGAGAGGUUUAUGGAUCAACAGAGGGAACAUCUAAUCUGGUGAACAUCGAUGGGCACGUGGGUGCUUGCGGUUUUCUUCCUAUUUCCCCGCUAACCAAAAAGAUGCAUCCAGUUCGUUUAAUUAGAGUUGACGAUAAAACUGGAGAUGUAAUUCGAUCGCCGUCUGGACUGUGUAUAGCCUGCAAUCCAGGUGAAAGUGGAGCCAUGGUCUCAACUAUUCGAAAGAACAAUCCACUGUUACAGUUUGAGGGUUAUCUUAAUAAGUCGGAGACCAAUAAGAAAAUUAUAAGGGAUGUGUUUGCCAAGGGUGACAGCUGUUUUGUUUCUGGUAAGUAUUUUUUCAAAUAA